CAGACGGCAGCUAAUGAUCGCAGUUCGAGUUAUUUGUUGUUUAAAGCGACAGAAAGUGAAAGUAAGUCGUAAUUUAUCUUCCUCUGGAGAGACUGUGAAGAUUCACCUGCUUCUGGGAAAAUGGUUCACGGACAUUUCCUGGCUGUUUUCGUCUCUUUACUUCAUUUAGCUGCUGCAGAGAAUGUGAAAUAUGCCCUCCUGGGUCAGACGGUCAUUCUGAAUCCACAAAUCAAGGCAUCUGCUGCAAAUAACAUCCUGUGGAAACACAAUGGGAACAAAGUGGUGGAGUUCAAUGGAAUCGAGCAGGUUGAGUACGAACCAUUAAAAGAUAGGAUCACACUGGACUGGCACACUGCAGAGCUGGAGAUCACCGACCUCAGAUAUGAAGACAGUGGAGACUAUGAACUGGAGAUGUUCAUGAACAAAGAAUUCAGAUCUUUUGCGUUCAAACUGAAGGUCAUUGGUAAAGUAUCCAGACCUUCCAUAUCCUGUGAGAUAGAAGACACCAGCUCUGAUGAAUCUGGAAACCGGGCCUCACUGAAAUGCUCUGCAGAAUCCAGCCGUUCUGAGUCCUUAAUGAAGUUUGAAUGGAGCUGGCGUGGCAGCAUGCAGCCCGGCCCAAAUUUAACAAUCCCUCUGGGGGAUGAGAAUGAUGAGGAAGAGUACAGUUGUACUGUGAGCAACCCGAUGUCCAGAGAGACGACGACUUUCUCUGCAAGGAGCUGCUACUCUGAGACAAAUUUAACUGGGAUCAUUGUCGGGUGUGUCAUUGCUGUCAUUGCUGUCAUUGCUGUUCCUCUGGUGGUUUUGCUGCUGUUCUGGAAAGGAAGACAACGUAAACCAGAGCGAAACAGAAGUGACCCUGAACAAAAUCCUUUAAUGAAUACACAGCCCACCUCUCAGUCUCCUCCACAACCAGCAAGCUUUGCUGAAGAGAACGACGACACAGAGUCAGUUGAUGUGAAGAAAACAACACAAAAUUUUCAACAGAUGAUGGAUGAGCAUGAGAAUUCCACUCCUGCUAAACCUCCUGGUCUUGCUAAAGCUUUGCCUCCAUCAAAAUUGAACUUUUCAGUCACAUCUCAAGAGGGUGGCAUCGAUGAACAGAACAAAGAGAACAACUUGGAUCAAGUCAGUGAAGAACUUCCACAAAACCCUGCUGGAGAGUCAAGCUUGGAGGAGAAAAACCAGUCAGACGUUCCCAAGAUGGACAUGGAAGAUCAAUGGGAUGUCUUUACAAGUGAUGCAGUCACACAAAUUCAAGGAGAAAUGGAAAAAAGUGCUGCUGAAGGAGUUGCAAAGAUAAAGGAGUAUUUGGAGAAGCAGAAGAACCUUCCACUAAACAUCGCCAUCACUGGAGAAUCUGGCUCUGGAAAAUCCACCUUCAUUAAUGCUUUCAGAGGCAUAAAGGACAGCGAUGAAGAAGCCGCCCCGACUGGAGUUGCAGAAACCACAGCAGUGGUCAAAUCGUAUCCUCAUCGGAACCACCCCAAUGUCAGACUAUGGGAUCUCCCUGGUGUUGGAAUCCCCAACUUCCCAGCUGAUAAGUACUUAGAGCAGGUUGGAUUUGAGAGGUUUGACUUCUUCAUCAUCAUUGCAGCCUGUCGCUUCAAAGAAAAUUAUGUGAAACUCGCUCUGGAGAUCAAGAGGAUGGGGAAAAAAUUCUACUUUCUUCGUUCAAAGAUUGACAGUGAUAUAAGCAACGAGGAAAGAGGAAAGAAAAAUUUCAACAGACAGAAGACUCUCGACGAUAUCAGAGAAAACUGCAUUAAAGGUCUUCAUGAUCAAGGCAUUGAGGCUCCACAGGUCUUCCUGGUCUCCAGCUUUGAGCUCCACCUGUUUGAUUUUCAUUUGCUGGAGGAGACAUUAGAGAGAGAGCUUCCUGCACCCAAGAGGAACGCUUUUCUCUACGCUCUGCCCAAUAUCAGCAAGGAGAUCAUCAAGAAGAAGAAGGAUGCUUACCAAGCACAAAUCAAGUAUCACGCUUUGUUGUCUUCACGUGUGGCAGCUGUACCGGUCCCGGGACUUUCCUCUGCUGUAGAUCUGGUCUUGGUCGAAGGCAUUGUCACGCAAUACGUGAACGGGUUCGGGCUUGAUAAGAAGUCAAUGAAGAGGCUUUCUGACUCCUCAGGUGUGCCAUACUCUGAUUUUCUUUCUGUCAUGACUUCAAAACUGGGAGGAACAACAAUCACCCCAGAGCUCAUCAAGAAGCUGUUGAGCCAACUUGCACUGGAAGGAACAUUAACAGUUGCAGAGGAAAUAUCCAGAUUCUUUGUUUUUAUUGGGACUCCAGUAUCAAUGAUCCUCUCUGGUGUUUCCACUUGCAGAAUUCUGAAUUUUUUGCUCGACCUGGUUGCUGAUGAUGCUCAGAGAAUGUUUGAAAAGGCUGUUGCAAAAACCAGUGAAGUGUGAUUCUGUGGCACAUCUCAAAGUGGCGUGCACUCAAGUUAAUCUGAGCAGAUUAGCUAAGAGCUGAAUAUGAGUGAAACAAAAGAGUGUGAUCUGAUUAUCUGUUUAAACUGUAUGCAAUGAUAAGGGCGACUCAUUUAUUGCAACAAUAAAUUGACGCAUAUGAUAUUUGUUGAAACAUCUGAACCAGCAUCACCAACAAAUCUCUUCAGAUUAUGGUGUGAUAAAAUUUGGAGGAAUUAUAAAUUAAUACAAUAUAAACGACAAUCUGUACUUGUAAUUCUGUUAGUUUUGUUUGAGUCUUUUCUGAGGUAGAUACGAGGUCAGAAUGAAAUGUGCAUAUUGAUAGUCUUUGCUGACCUCUCGUGGUCAUUUUGAGAAUGUACAACCUGAUACAAUUCAAAUUUCAACUUUUUAGGGACCGAGCCCGAGGGCAAGGUGGCCUCAAAACUGAGGCCACCUUGCCCGAGGGCAAGGACUCUAUUGUUUUUUGUUCGUUUUUUCUUCUUCUUAUUAUUAUUAUUCCAACGCCACUUCGAUGCCAAAUUUCAUCCCCUAAACAUGCAUGAAAACUCACCAAAUUUGGCACACACGUCCGGAUAGGCGAAACAUUUGAUAAAAUCAAAGUUUUUUUUACCCCAUUUGCUCUCUAGUGCCACCUAGAAACGAACGCAACCUCGAAACACUAAAAUCUCAGCUACAACCCGUGUGAAUGUCAUAGACAGAUCAAAGUACCGCUCAUGUGUUCAUGUGCUCGAGAUCUAAAAUUAACAAUUCGUCAACAAUACCCAACAUUCAACAGGAAGUCCGGUAUUUCCCGAUCAACGUAAUAGCCAAAAGUUGCUGUAUUCGACGCCAAAUUUGACCUGCUAAACAUGCACGACAUCUCACCAAAAUUAGCAGGCACAUCCAUACAAUCAUCAAAUUUUAUAAAGUGGAAAAAUUAACCCUAUAACCCCAUCUGCUCUCUACCGCCACCUAGAAACAGUAAAAUAGCCACAGCAACCAUUAGGAAUGUCGUAGAGAGACCAGAUCGGCGCUGAUGCGUUUGUCUCAUCAAGAUAUAAAAUUCACCCAGAGAAACACCUAUACCUAAAUCCAACAGGAAGUCCACUAUUUCCCUUGCAAAGUAAAAAUCACUCCUCAUUUAAAAAUUAUCUCGUCCGAGACUGUUUGUUGUAGAGACGUAAGAGUAGUGCGGCCUGAUAGAGGAGAAAUUUCUAUACAAACGAUUUACACAACUUUUUCAAAAGUCACAUGGUGUGGAUUUUAUCAGCCCUUCAAAAUAAAAGUCACAUUUUUGAAGAAAUGGUCGCUACGGCCUGUAGGAAUGUCGUAGAGAGAUGAAACUAAUUGCUCACGCCUUCGUCUAAUCGAGAUCUAAAAAUCUCUCAUUGACACUAAUAACCUAAAUCCAACAGGAAGUCCGAUAUAAACAUUGGGGAGAUCGGGCGUUUUCUGUUGCUGGGCCCAGACUCUGGAACAAACUGCCCCCCGACAUGCGAACCAUCAUUGACCUGGGCCUUUUUAAAUCCAGGCUUAAAACUCAUCUAUUCAGGCUGGCAUUUAACUCUCAGUAGCACAGUGGCACUUUGUUUUAAUUGUUUAUUAUCUUUUUUUUUAUUUUCAUAGCUCCUUUUAAUUGAUCAUG